GAGUCGUGCGAAAGAGCGAGAAAGGAAGGAGAAAAAAAUAGUGCAGUACCCACUGGCUGCUACCGUUGGCGAGCCUCGUCGUCGUCGUCGAGAGAGACUCGUCUAAUAGACGGCGUUUAUAGCCAAGCAAAAAAAUUAAUAAGGUCUGGCCCGUGGUGGCCCCUGGCCUGCAGGGAGAGACGGAGCCAACUUCGAUCCGCGUAUCGCCGAUAUCAGCGCCCAAGCACCUCUACAGGUUCUUUCGCUCUCUCUCUCUCUCUCUCUCUCUCUCUCUUUUUCUCUCCCUCUCGCAGACUCGCUCCUCCACUGUAACAGCGAGCAUCGACUUCGUCCGCGAGUCCAAGCACGGGACGUUCGGAUUUGCUCGUCAGUGGGCCAUCCUAUAUACAUUUAGAAUUCUCGCGUACAUGUAUAAUCCCCGUUACAUAGAGUUCGGAGCUCUUUGGCGGUGCGACGCGUGCAAUUAGCGCGCGAGGCGAAAAGAAAAGAAAGAGACUGUCUUGUGCCGCGCUCGGGCGAUCUCAGUGCUUUGGUGUAUGCGCCCGAAUGCCAAAAUCAGCAUUGGCAGCAGCAGCCGUGUCUCUGGCGUGACAUCGCGGCUAGGAGCAACAGUAAGUGUUGUCGUUGCCACGGAGGUGAUGUGCGCGACGACCUGCAGCAGUUCCAAGCCAGUGAAAAGCGUCGGAGAGCAGCAGCAGCAGUCAGCAGCAGCAGGGCCGAAGGCAGAUUCGUCAUCCGGCUACUCGAGUACGAUUCGGAGUCGUGUGCCGCCGCCGCCGCCACCACCACCGCUGCCGCAUCAACAGCAGCAGCAGCAGCAGCAGCGCUGCCACCGCAUCGUCGUCGACUACGUCCACCGCUGCUACUCCGCCUCGUAUUAGUUGACUGGCGCGGCUAUUCGGCUGUGCCACGACACAUCGCUGCGUGCUAAGCUGCUGCGGUGCUGUGUGCGUGUGUGUGUGUGUGUAUGUGUGUGAGCUCUCUGGGCCGGCAGCGAGCGAGCCUCCUCGAUCUCGCGCACGCAAAUUCUACAUCUGCCAUACGAUACAUUACAAUACGGCAUUAUUAUCGUAUGGGUACGAGCGUAGGCUUGUGCAGUAGCAGCAGCAGCAGCAGCAGCAGUAACAACGACAGCAGCAGUAGGGCCUUUGGUGCUGCUGCGUACAUUAUAUUAGCCGCCGCUGCUCGACUCGACUCGGCUCAGCGGUUCCCCCCUUCCCCAGUGCCCCCCGCUCUCCCUGCGCCUGCCUCCGUUGCUGCUGCUCGUGCCUGCGUGCGUGCAUCUUGAUGUGUGCGUGUGUGCCUUUGGCAUGCGAAUACGUGUUUAACGUGCGACGACACGGUGUUGUGCGAGAGUGCAAGAAGUAGACGACGUCCUCGUCCUCGUCGUCGAAGCAGCAAUUGUUGUGUGCUGCCCGCCACUCUUUAUACUAAACGGGCGCGCAGACACAGUGCCGAGAGAUAAGAGAAGCACGACCGACUGAGAGAGAGAGUGAGAUGUACGCGUAUAGCAGCACAUGCCCAAUCGUCUGACCGAUGCGUCGUGCGUGUCUGUGUCUGCCUGCGCAACUCUGUCUUGGUGUAAUAGACGUCGGUCGGCCGUACUCGUCGUCGUUCGUAGGAGUAUAGUAGUGUGCUACGAAUGCAUUUUCGACGGCUCCGCUUCCACUGCUAGUGUUACUAAAUACGACGGGCCCCGCAGUGCUGCAGCUCGAACGAGCGCUAUACAUCGCUCGGAUCAGUAGCCAGACGUGUGCCCGAGCACACGCAGCGUUUCGGAGCAGCUCGACGCCGCCGCCAAGACAAUCGGUGGGACCAGUGUAGGCGACCCCGCGCGCGCCACGGUGUGAAGUGCAGUGUAUACAGCCGCCCCCGAACAAAGCGAGGAGAGGCCGCGCAAGGAUAUAGUCGCGGAAAAAGCGCCGCGACACAUGCGGGCGCGCCCGACACCGACGGUCGACGCCAACUUGCAAGGCCCCGUGCAUCAGCAGCAACAACCUCGGAGCUGCUCGUCGUCCAACUAGCAUCCGAGAGCAGAGAGAGAGAGAGAGAGUUACACUGUGCGUUAUUUUUCCAGUGCAUGUGUCCUCGUGUUCGUGUGCAUUCGUGUUAAACAGUUUCACUGACUGUGCGUGUCUGUGUGCGUGCGUGUGUGCGUUCAUACAAAAAGGUAGCAGCUAUUCCCGUGCAAUAUAUACGCAUCAUCUCUCACGCGUACAUAUCUCUCUGUAUAUGUGCAUGUGAGAAUACAUACAUGGACACGUAUACACACACGCAGAACUGCACGCAUGUGUGCAUUUGGCUGUGCGCGUUAUAUACCAGUAUAAUAUCGUGGCGGCGACGGUGACUGCGUGCGUGUGUGAGUGAGAACUCGGUGACACUCGUCAACUGGUGGAAAACAAUGCGAGGUGCGCGACGACGACGCCGAAAUCUGGCCGUCCUGUACCGCUCAUGCUCCAUGAGCUCGCAGCACCCUGCUACCGCUGCUUCGUUCGAGUAGUCUAGUUGCAACAACCUACUCGUGCAAGUGUGUGUGCCUGUGUGUGCGUGUGUGCGAGAGGGAGCGCGAGAUAUUAUAACACCGCUGCUCUGCUGUGUCUCCUGCACUGGCAAGAAGAAAGAUAAUCGACUGCCGAGUUCUACUAGACGUACGUGCCACCGCCCGGGGCCAAUAGCUCCGUGCUUCAACGCGAGAGUGAAUGGUAGGCUUUUAUUCAAACAAAGUCCUAAAAUCCAACUGGAAAGCUGGAGAAAGACGAGAUAGAUUCCGAAGGAGAGGAGAUGUCAGCUGGCUCCCAAGGCGAGAUAAGGGUUGGACCAUCACACCAGGCCCUAUUGCCCGAGUACCGACCAGGUAUUCCUCCUGGUGAACUUACUCCUGAUCCGGAAUUCUCCAAAGAGAGAGAAGAAUUAAGAUGGGUUCCAGCAAUGACACUAGAUAUAGACCUCCUGAUGUACUUGAGAGCAGCGAGGUCAGUUGCUGCUUUUGCCGGUAUGUGUGAUGGUGGAUCGCCUGAAGGUUGUGUAGCUGCAUCACAAGACGAUACAACCAUUAAUGCACUUGAUACAUUGCAUGAUUCUGGAUAUGAUGCUGGAAAAGCCUUACAAGCUCUGUACAAAUGUGCUGUACCCAAAAAUAUUGAAAAAAAGUGGAGCGACGAAGAAACUAAACGUUUUGUCAAAGGAUUACGACAGUUUGGAAAAAACUUUACUCGUAUUAGGAAAGAUUUAUUACCUCAUAAAGAUACUCCCGAAUUGGUCGAAUAUUAUUACCUGUGGAAGAAGACACCAGGAGCAAAUAAUAAUCGACCACAUAGACGAAGGAGGCAAAGCUCUCUUCGUCGAAUUCGUAAUACACGAAAUUCAAGAGCUGGUACUCCAAAGGAAGAAGCAGCUGGAGCAGCCGCUGCGGCUAAUUCAGCGAGCAACUCCGACGGCCAAGCCAGCACGGCAACGAAUUCUAAGGAGACUAGUGCUGCUGUAGCCUCAGUCACAACGGAGCACGAAACGAACAGCAACGGCGGCGGGCCGCUCGCCGGCAGCGCUUCUGCCGCCUCCACAGCUGCAUCAUUGACUGCUACCAUCACGACUGCCACGAGCACGAACAAUUCGCAGCCGACUCAGGCAGCGACCAAUAGUAACAUAAAUGCUGCUACCGGCGGUGAAGUGAGCUCUGUCACGGAAGAUGACAAUUCCGAGGAAGACAGUGACUCUCGUGAUACCAAUACCAACGGUGUUCCCCAUACCUGUCAGCACUGUUUCUCCAAUGGCUCGAAAGACUAUCAAGUCACGGGCAAGGACAGAUUGCUGCUCUGUGCGGAAUGCCGGGCGCACUUGAAAAAGAACGGUGAACUGCCACCUGCGCCGUCGUAUCUCUUCCGACCAGUGCCGGUCGAGUCUCCAGAUAGUCCUGGAAGAAUGCGAACGCGUAACAAAGCUAAAGAAAAUCCAAGGCACUCUAGGCCUCGUCGCACUGGUGGCACAGAUACUCCUGAUCAAGAAAAACAACAACAGUCGCAAUCUCAAGCUCAGGUUAAUGAUAAGUCGAAAAAAUCAAAGUCUUCCUCCAAAGCGGAAACACCGAAAAAGACUCAGAAGCGAGGAAACUCUGACGAAGUUGAAGACGAGAAAGAUACACCUAAGCGCAAACGAGGAGGUGACCGUACAGAUAGUCCUUCAGAGUCACUUACGACUGACAGUAAUUCACUGAUGGAUGAACCAGAGCGUGAAGCUGAUAGUGAUGCAAUGGAUGCUAGUAGUAAUGCCAAUAUCAUCAUAGCCCCGGUAUCGACGGUCACGAGCUCCGCCACUAUCACUGCCGCUGCAUCGACCAGCAGUACAAGUGUGUUAAGUAAUGUGGAGCACAUACCUAUAAGCCCGCCUACACCACCAGAAGAGCCUUCCGGUCCACCAACGCCUGGUAUUACUCCAAUCACACCACCACAGAUUGCAACCACAAUGCAGUCACAGGCACCUACGGUUACACAAUCUCAGCCUCUAAUUCAAAGUUUACCGAUUUCGGUACCGGUCAUACAUGCUCGAGAGGUCUGUAUCGAAAAGAAGCCAAGAAUAGACGAGCCAGUUGACAUGAAAGAACACAUUGAAGAUAUGCCAAUGUCACUUAAUCAGCCAAUCAAACUUGAACCAGUGCCCCUCAAACUCGAGCCACUGCCAAUAAAGCUUGAGCCCAUGCCUAUAAAACUUGAGCCUAUGCAGGUGCCCAUUCCGUUGGCUAUGCCUGUUCCUCAUGAUCGAACGGUGUCCCCGCCUAGCAUAAAAGAUGAACCCUUGGAAGCUUCUGACAAACCACCUCCUACGCAGCAGCCUCAAGUUACGUUGCCCCCACCAACGACACAGUCGCAAUUGACAUUAGCACCACUGCCUUCCGGUCCACCGCCCCCACCACAGCCACAACUUGCACACAGCACAUCGCAACCAACUUUAACAGUGGCCGACUUGAGUCAAAGUGGACCAAGAAAUCUCUCGCAUUCUUUGAGCAGUCCAAUGAUUUCUAGCGGCCCAAUGCCGACAAAUAUGCCUCCAAUGCCACCAACGGCUGCAGCCAUCGUUUCGGGUCCAGCGCAAGUUGCCUUGUCCCUUUCGACCAAUGUGGGAGCACAAGUGCAUCCAUUGAACAUGCAGUAUGGCGGUCCACCGUCAAUCGUUACUGCCACUCAAAGCGUGCCUCAAAAUUUGUCGGCUACUGGUAUCCAAAUACCACCAGGAUUGCAAGUGCCACCCCCGCCAAGUUUGUUACAGCCUCAGACACAUCCUGAAAAUAUGUCAACAAGUGCUCCACCGACAAUUACGUCAAGCUUGGGUUUGCCACCUUUGCCUGGACCAUUAAACCUCAAUCUUUCACAAAACUUGUCAACGAGUGGCUUGCCUCCUCCACCUCUACCACCAUUAGCAGGAUCCCCACAACCUCUGGGUCUGACAGUCAUGCAAAGCGAGAGUAGGGGUCCUCCUGAACGCAUGAUGCCAGAUGAAAGACUUGCGCCUGAACGGAUUCGGGAUAGUAGGCCUUUUGAUCGGCUACCCACUGAAAGAGGACUUGAAAGGAUGUCACAUGAGAGAAUACCUCCACCUCACCAAGACAGAAUGUCCGAUCGAUUAGCUUCUGAACGUGCAUCAGGAACAACAGAAAGAAUAGAUGACAGAAGGGACGACAGAGAUCACGAACCACCUCCGCCACUGCCUCAAAGCCGACCGGAGCCUUUGAAUUUGUUCCAACCUAUUCAACCGCCUCCACCACAAAUGCUCCCCACGGAUCGUCCUGGGCCACUUUAUGGAUUAUCUAGAACACCUCCUAUGGAGCCACAAAAUCUUAAAAUUAAACAAGAAAUAUUACCACCGGAACCUGAUCCAUUACAAAGCUUGAAAGAGGUCAAGGUACCGGGAUUCCAAAGCGCAAGUUUUCCUGGUCCAAGUUUGGACAAUAUAAAGAAAGAACCAGAGGGUUCGUCGUCGAGCACGAGUUCAGCUCUAAAACCGUCUACGCCCAGUAAACAUGCGUCUUCGUCUUCUUCAUCUGUUACCCCGAGUUCACACAUGGGCCCAUUGCAAUCUGUCGUAGCGUCGCCGCAACCCGGAUUACCUCCGGCGCCAACAUCGAUCCCUCAACCGGUUAUGCACCCGGUGCAGCAGACGAGUCCACACAUGGCGCACCCGGCGUUCCAUUCGCAUCCAGCGUUAAUGCAUCCCUCGCUAUUCGCAGCUAUGCACCCGUAUCAUCCCCAUGCGUAUCCGGGAUAUCCAGCCGUACCGGGCUAUCCAGCGUUCCCUGGUUAUCCUUACGGACCGUUGCCUCAUGCUAUUCCACCGCCAUCCCCUCAACGCAGUGAAGCCACGACAAUGAUGACGGCUCAUCAUUCAAGCACGACGUCGAGCGUCUCGACGCGUGAAGAAGGCGAGAAUCUGAUAGCCACUCAUCAUCAUCAUUCAUCGAUGCAUCAAGCAACAACGCUGCAUCACGAAAAGAUGCUCACAAUUUCGUCUCACUCUUCGCAUUCACAUAGUCAUUCGUCUUCGUCGACGAGCCACGGUAGUAGCAAUCAGCGCAGCAGCAGUUCCAAUAAGCCGAUGGUGUCUUCGGCAUCGUGUAUGUCGACUUCGAGUUCGCUACAUUCGCAUCAUCAUCGACCAGUUAUAUCUCAUCCACCGGUGACAUUAAUGCCACCGCUACCCGAGCCUAAAAUCGAACCUGAUCUCAUGGAGCCCGAACCGGAGGAACCACCGAGUCCGCGGACGGGCCCGUCGCCCGAACCGCGUAUCGAAGACUCCGAGUGCCAUCGCUCGCAGUCCGCGAUCUUCUUGCGGCAUUGGAAUCGUGGAGAAAAUAACUCUUGUACGCGUACUGAUCUCACUUUUAAGCCUGUACCAGACUCUAAGCUAGCUCGCAAACGUGAAGAGCGUUCUCGUAAACAAGCCGAACGAGAACGUGAAGAACGCGACCGAGCGCAUCAACAGCAGCAGCAAGCACAACAACAACAGCAACAACAGCAGCAGCAACAGCAGCAGCAACAGCAACAACAACAACAGCAGCAACAACAGCAGCAACAGCAACAGCAACAAGCUCGAAAGAUGGCUACACCAGAAAAGCAAGGCGCUGGCGGUGCUGAUGGUUGUAAGCCUCCUAGUAGAGGACCUCUUGAACCUGUGGCUUCACCAUAUGAUCGAUAUGCCGCUCGACCCGGUGCUUAUCCAGACACGCCUGCGUUGAGACAGCUUUCUGAGUAUGCAAGGCCACAUGCAGGGUUUUCUCCGGCUAGGCAUCCUGGCUCUCAAGACGCUGCCAUGCUACAUUAUAUGUACGGUCCUACGCGAGAACGGAUUGAACUUGAACACUUAGAACGUGAAAAACGUGAACGCGAGAUUCGAGAACUCAGAGAAAGAGAGCUCAAUGACAGACUUAAGUAUCAAAAGUUUCCAUUUGGUAGCGUAUUUCCAACUGAGGAAUUAUUGAAAGGAGCUCCUCGAACAAUGGCUACAACAGUAGAUCCUCACUGGUUGGAAAUUCAUAGGCGAUAUGCUGCCGGUGGUUUAGCCCACCCUGGUGCCCCAGGUCCACAUCAGUUUGGUCUUUAUGCAGUACCACCUGGACCCAGCCAAAUGGAUCGAGAACGUCUUGAGAGGCUGGCGAUGAUGUCGAAUUUAGGCUUAGCUGCCGCGGCAGGAGCAGCUAACGCAGCGUCGGCCGCUGGAGCGGCAGCUGCGACGACCCACCCGGCGAACCAUCCCCACGGAUCCCUGGACGAAAGACUUGCGCUGAGUGCCGAUCCAAUGAUGCGAUUGCAAAUGGCAGGCAUUCCACCGGAGUAUCAUGCGCACACGCACGCGCACACACAUGCCCAUACUCAUCUCCAUCUGCAUCCUGGACAGCAGCAAGCUGCUGCUCAACAGCAAGCCGCCGCGGCUCAACAGCAGCAACAGCAGCAGCAACAACAGCAAGAAGCUGCCGCUGCUGCUGCUGGCUUCCCUCUGCCUGCGGCAAGCAGUAAUUAUCCACGACCUGGUCUUAUUGGACGAGAGUCCACGUUGGCUCUGCAUCCAACGGAGCUUAUUGGCAGACCUUACGCAGACAUGGCAGCAGCACACCACGAGCAAUUGCAGCGUCACCUAAUGCUCGAGCGUGACCGGUUUCAAACUCACCCAUCGAUUGUUGCACAUCACGAAGAAUAUAUAAGGCAGCAACAACGUGAACGUGAGCUCAAAGUUCGUGCAAUGGAAGAAGCCUCGCGUGGAUCACGCCCUUAAAGGGAAGAUCGAAUAAACGCAACAACACAAUCAUCUCGUUGCUUAUGUACCUAACUGUUGAAGCAAAGAUGAAACGAUUAGAAAAAUAGGUAUUAUAAGUAAAGUUAUUACGAAAACUCGUAUAAUGAAGUAAAGAGCGAAAAUUCGCUUAGAACUAUUAUUUGUUAUAAGUGUGUAUGCGAAUUUUUCGUAUCGUACAUAUAUUAUAUGUACCAGAAAAUCAAUUAUAAUGUCGAAAAAAGGAGAGCAAUGCAAAUCAAAUUCUAUUCAGUAUUUUAAAAACAACCGUAAAUAACAUUCUCUCUCCAUUUUUCUCGAAAUCUUGUGAAUCGUCUUUCGAUUUUUAAAAAAUGCCUCGUGUCAUGAAUAAUGAUAAUUGAUUAGUUUUAUACGUUGGCUAAACUUUACGUUUCCUCAAAGUUGCAUAACUGAUCGUAAAAAUGGAACAUUAGAUAUAUGCAUAUAAAUAAAGGAAUUCUUUAAUUCUCCAAAAAAUAAUAAAGCGAUUACGGUCGUAUGUAACAUGUUGAUGUAAAUACAAUAAACACGCAGCAAUUAUAUAUAUACAUAUUAAUAUAGAUAUAUUUACAAACAGCUAGCAUAGUCUAGCUUCUCUGAAUAUAGCGAUCAAUUUUUACAAGAAGCACUAAGCGAUAUGUAUAUUAUUUUUUAUUUUAUGCGCGACUAAGGUUGACGCGCCUCAACUGGUGGCAAUUUCUCUUGUGCUACAAUCUCUUUUUAUCCUGACGAAUUUUUAUUAGUUUUUCUGUGUUUGAACGAAAGAGAAUAAUUUAACUUGUAUAAUUGCCGUUUCAGGCAUUAUCUGAUGUUAACACAAUGGCAGUUUAAGUAUGUCUGUACUAUGUACAAACUAACACCAGUUUUUACUAUUUUGUGUGAAAUUAUUGUUUUUUUUUAAUAACUUGGUACUAUAGUUUCUUUUUAAAUAUCAAAAAAUAUAUUUGACGAUCAAUUCAAUUAUAUAUUGAUUUUUUAAAUAUUUAAGAACGAAAUCUCAUUACUUAAUCAAGUAAGCUAAGUUUGAGUAUUUGGUGAUGCAUUUGCAUAAUAAGAAUGUAUAUUUAAAAAAUGAAAAACGAAUGAUGAAACAUAGUGUACAAUUUGAUGUAAACUCAUAAUUAACAAGUUUAAAGUUGAUUACGCUUAUGUUAUCAUAGAUCACUGAAAAAAUUUGGAAUACUAACUUUUCCAACUUGUGACUGGUUGAUAAAAUAUUUGUAAACAAUGCUACAAAAUGACCAAAGUAUAAACAUUUGUAGAAAUGAAGCGUUAUCAACAAGCAUACGUUUUGGAGUAUUUCUUAACGUGCCGCAGAUUGCGAUCGCGCCUUUGCGUGUCAGCAACAUAUACAAUAUUCUCUAAAAUGUUGAAACACUUUUUAGAUAAUAUUUAUAAAAGCAUGGACUGUGCUAUAUCAUGAAAUAUUCUUUCUGCUAUGGACUAGGAACAAUAUUUUUCUGAUCAGCACACGUGCAGGUUCUGUUUUCCACGAAAAUAAACGAUUUGCUUGUAUCUUUUUAAUUGAAGUUGAAAAAAUCGUGACUAUGUCAAAGAAAGAGGCAUGUAAAUUUUAAGCUUAGUUGAAUGAAGAAUCUAAAUUAAUCAAAGUAUGUAAGAAUGAAGAAUGUACUAAUAAAAAUGUAAUAAUGAUCAAUUAUAAUGAUUGACUCAGUAACGUAAUGAUGAUGUAACUUAUUCGCGACACCUUUAAUUGAUAUUUCUUAUAAUUAUAGUCAGGCCAUAUUGAGAAAAGAAAAUGCGAAAACCUUUUGCAAGGUUUCACUUUUUAUUCCUUGAAUACCGACCUUCGCCCCCCCCUACCCCCGAGACAUGCUGAUACUUAAUCUAUACAGUAUUUGAUGAUUUAUUAUUACACUGAAAGAUAUUAUAGGCAGAGUGAAUUACUUUGUAUUUUAAAAUAAACAUUUUAAGAAGAAA